AUGUUUGCGUGUGGAUACUGUAGUAAAGGAUUUAAGUAUGAAAGUGAAAAGAGAAGGCAUGAAAUAAGUCACACUCCUCAAUUUGAGUGUACAGAAUGUUUAAAAAAAUUCAGUUUUGUUUCUGCUUUGCGACGUCAUCAGAAACAACACAAAAGAACUGGCAUAGUCCAAUGUUCUGAAUGUAAUAGAAAUUUUAGAGAUGAAACCUUGCUUAAACGUCAUAUUAAAUACGCUCAUAAAGAAACACAUAUUUGCUCUAAGUGCGAAGCAAAGUUCAACAGCCAGCAGGCAUUGUUGUCUCACCAGAAAACUCAUAAACCAAAGUCGGAAAGAAGAUAUCAGUGCAGUUACAAUGGAUGUGAAAAAACAUUUAACUUUGCACAUCAUCUUAAACAUCAUGAACAAACACAUUCAGCGGAGAAACAACAUUACUGCUCUAGUUGUGGGAAAGGAUUUAUUCAACUACAUCAUUUGAAAACACAUUUGAAAAAGCAUAAACCAAAUUCUUGGCUCAAAUGCAAUUUACCAGAAUGUUUGAAGAUAUUUACAAAUGAUUAUGCAUUGAAGCGCCAUCUGGCAACACAUAAAAAUUUGAUUAGUGCAGAUGACUAUGAAUUAUUUUAUGGAUACAAUAGGAUCACAUCACCAACUUCAUUGGAAGACAAACAUAAUGAUUUAGAGCAGAUGUACAUGGAAGAUGAAAAGGAAACAUCAGAAUUGUUUAAAAAGUACCAGUUGCUUGAAGAUUUAUCUUUUAAGAAAAGUAAAAUAAUUGCUGAGAGAAUAGAUAAUGUACCUAACUUAGUUACUUAUAAUUUUGGUGAUAGUACAAAUUUAAAUAUUAGUGCAAGUAAAACUGAUGAUACUACAUGUAAAGGCUGUUAUUGUGCAAAAAAUAAAGAGACUUUAAGAAAUGAAAAUAUGCCAGAACUUAAAUAUAAUAGUGAUGGUACAAUAAAAAUAAAAGAAUUUAUGGAUAAUGAUAUAACAAUAGCUAAAAAUGUUAAAAAAGUAUAUAUUGAAGAUAAAAAUGAUUUCAGUAACUUUGAUAUACCAUAUAAUAGUUGUAAAGCAGUUUUAGGCAAAUGUAUUGUUUCUGGUACUGGUACAAUAAAUGAGAAUUGUCUUUGUGCAAAAAUGGCGAUUGAUGAUAGUCCAAUUAUCUAUCAUGAAAUUAGUGAAUUAACACCAAUUCCAGUGUAA